AUGGCGCGCGCGGUGGCCGGAGCCCUCGCGAUCGUCCUUGUCGCGGCGGUCGCGUCGACCCUGGCGGUGGCGGACCCGUCCCCCGACGCCGUGGCGCUCCAGGCCUUUCGAAUCGGGUUGCAGGACCCCGGCGGCGAGCUGCAGAGCUGGGACCCAGAGCUUGCCUAUAAGGAACUGUCCGGUCCACUGUCGCCGGAGCUCGCCAAGCUAGACCAGCUACAGCACAUGAUGCUAUAUCAGAACCGUUUGACCGGGCCGAUUCCGAUGGAGCUCACUGGACUCUCCAAGCUGCAAGUUUUGGACCUCUCGAACAACGACCUCUGCGGCACGAUCCCAACUUCCGGAGCGUUUCAGAACCUUCCUCGGAGCAGCUUCGCCGGCAACCCGCGCCUGCGAAUCCCCGGCCAGCAGCAGGGAUCCGACUGCUAGAUCGAGUUGGCAGCUAUCGGCUAGCGUGAAUAAGUGUCAGUCGGCGUCCAGGAUAAUUACCAAGAGCUGGGAGUGUCGAUGCGAUAAUGCACGUAAUUAGCUGUGUGUGUGUGGGUGUGCCACAGCACGGUCGGUGUCUAUCUCUUGU